UCGCAGACUGACAAGCUGACGUCCUCCUCUCCUUACGAGGAUGGCAAACGCCGCGGUUAAUCUAGUCAUAAAGGCGCCGAAUCAGCAAAUCAAGGACCAAGUGGUCAAAUGCAAUCUCGGCUGGACCAUCGGUCGUCUGAAGGAGUACCUGUCGGAAGUUUAUCCCAGCAAACCGGAAUGUUCACACCAGAAAUUAAUAUAUUCUGGGCAAUUGUUGAGUGACUCAGCACAGUUAAAGGACGUUCUGAGACAAUGCAACGACUCAAAGGAUCAAGCGUAUACAGUUCAUUUAGUUUGUACACCACAAAGUACAUGGACCGGUAAAGUUACAUCAGAUCAAACAGGAACCAGUGAGAAUGUUGAUGUGACAAGCAACGUUCAUAUGAGAACUAACAUUGCUCAAAAUCAAAGCCACGAAAACACUAACGUUACCACACAACCUCAACAGAUGUAUUCGCCGCAGCAAUACUUUGACCCUCAAAAUAGCCAACAGUUAGCUUGGAUGCAAGCGUACACGCAUUAUUUUACACAAUACAUGCAGCUCAUGACUGCACAAGGCAUCCAACUACAAGCAAGUGUUCCGUAUCUGCAGCAGAUGAAUAUUAACACGAACGAUAUGACUCAAAACACAUACACGGCGAACAGUAAUAAUAACAACAACGUCGGUGACGAACAGGCCCAAGCGGUAGCGCAAGACGCGGCUGAUAUCAAUGCAGGAAAUAUAGGGGAAGACGCUGCGUUCAAUCGCGAUUGGUUGGAUUUCUUCUACAUGUUGUCCAGGAUUAUCGUUCUGUUUGGCAUUGUAUAUUUCUACUCGUCCCCUCUCAGGUUCCUCAUCGUCACGUUUUUAGGAUUUGUGAUAUAUCUAUAUCAAGGCGGAUUCUUCAGGGAGCGAGCGAUUUUACUAGCCGAGAACAACAACGGCCGCGCAGACAACAAUAAUCAGGUAUUACAUAAUGAAGUGGUGGGACCGCAAGCAGUGCCGCAGCAACAAAACGCUCAAGUGCCAACUGUGCAGCAGCCAGAACCACGGACAAACGCUAACGAGAACGAAGAGCAAAGACCAGGCGCCCUCGCCUUCACCUGGACCUUCUUCAGUUCGUUCUUCGCCUCGCUUAUUCCGGACCAGCCAAACGUCAUUUAAUCCCGUCUGAAGCUCUUAUAAAAAAAGUCGUAAAGGCUUUCUUUUACUUCGCACUUUACCGAAACGUGAUAUAAGAAAUUCUAGAGAUAUUAGACGGUCUGUAGAGUCAUAAGCGCUUAACUCAUGACGAAUUUCAUACACACACUCCACGAAAGUCUGAUCAGUUUUACGAAAUACGAUUUUUGUAACUAAAUCUAAUAUAUAUAUAUAUAUAUACAUAUAUAUAUAUAUGAAUGUUGAUAUACGUGUAUUAGUAAUCAACGUCAAACGCUUAAGAUGAGGAACUAUUAUCACGAGAAAACAUUUUCAAUGAAUACAUGUACAGAUUAUAUGCAGGAUGUGUCAUUAUAGUCGUGAAAUAUUUUGGCAGUAUAUUCGAAAGAUUGAUCAGAAAACUCAAUAUGGAAAUCUUACAAUGACUAAAAUUGAAAUCUAUAACCGUGCGUAAAACGUGCAUAUAAAUCACGCGUUUUUCAUUAUUUAACUAUUGGCGAGUACGAGCCUGAGUAUUCAAAUUGUGUGCAAUACAAUGAUUGCAAUGCAAUGAUUACUCGUGCAAUAACAAUUAUUACUUUGCUCGUAUCUCGGAGAUUAAUGUUAUUACGAUAUUUCCAUAUUAGAAUGUUUAACUUUAAUUAAAUAUUUUAUUUUGUGAUUAAUGUAACUCCCGAGAAUAUACUAAUUAAAAUAUUUCAUCGUAGUUACUGAGGCAUUCUGUAUGUUUCCAUGUCGCGUACAUACGCGUCUAAGAAAAGCGAAAUAUAUACAACUUACAGUUUACAAAACAAAAUAAUGAUCAUGUUAUAUUUGUAGUUAUUAAACCUAACUUUUCUUCAAAAGAAGAUUGUUAGAAUCAUCAUCCCAAAGCUGUUAGGGUUUAUUGUAUAAAGAAAAUUUUUUAUGUUUUUGUAGUAAUAUAUAUAUAUAUAUAAAUAUACAACGAGAUAUAAUAUAUGGUGUAUAUAUACACACACACACAACACACGCAUAUAAAUGUAAGAGACAUAUAAUUCUCGUAGAGCUUGUAUCAUAUAAGACGACGAUAAUGAUGAAAUAGGCGCUUAAAGAUUUUCUUCAAGGAAAUUGCUAUGGCAAUACUGUUAUUACGCGAAGAUUAUUUCUGUGAUGUUUAAUACGGUUGAAUAUAUUUAGCGUGAUAGCCUUGUAAAAUAUUAUCGCGCUUCGUUCAUAUGUAUUACUAUUAUCGAUAAAAAUAAUAUAUUCAAGGCGGAGGUAUUAGUAGUGAAACUGUUAAAAAUUUCCGUAAUUUUCCUAAAUAGUCGCGUCGAACGCCGACGAAGAUGAGGGUGUAUGUAAAGCGAAUAAAACGGUUUUUGAAGUCUGUCGUUUAA